CCGCAGGCCUCCGCAGCGGAGCGCCCUUGUGCCGAGUGUCUCGUCGGCCGGCCGCGAUGUACCGCUGUCUGGGCGAAGCAAUGCUGCUGUCCCGCGCCGGGUCUGCGGCCCUGGGCUCGGCGGCCUCCGAGUCGGCCGCGUUGCUGGGUUGGGUCCGCGGACAGCCCGCCGCCGCCGCCGCGGUCGCUGUCCCGCACCCGGGGCUCGCGCCGCCCGCCCGGCGCCACUACAGCGAAGCGGCCGCCGACCGCGAGGACGACCCCAAUUUCUUCAAGAUGGUGGAGGGCUUCUUCGAUCGCGGCGCCAGCAUCGUGGAGGACAAGCUGGUGGAGGACCUGCGAACCCGGGAGAGCGAAGAGCAGAAGCGGAACAGGGUGCGGGGCAUCCUGCGGAUCAUCAAACCCUGCAACCAUGUGCUGAGCCUCUCCUUCCCCAUCCGGCGGGACGAUGGCUCCUGGGAGGUCAUCGAAGGCUACCGGGCCCAGCACAGCCAACACCGCACACCCUGCAAGGGAGGCAUCCGGUACAGCACUGAUGUGAGUGUAGAUGAAGUGAAAGCGUUGGCUUCUCUGAUGACAUACAAAUGUGCAGUAGUUGAUGUGCCGUUUGGUGGUGCUAAAGCAGGUGUUAAGAUCAAUCCCAAGAACUAUACCGAUAAUGAACUGGAAAAGAUCACAAGGAGGUUUACCAUGGAGCUAGCAAAAAAAGGUUUUAUUGGUCCUGGCAUUGAUGUGCCUGCCCCGGACAUGAGCACGGGCGAGCGGGAGAUGUCCUGGAUCGCUGACACCUAUGCCAGCACCAUAGGGCACUAUGACAUUAAUGCACAUGCCUGUGUUACUGGUAAACCCAUCAGCCAAGGAGGUAUUCAUGGGCGCAUCUCUGCUACUGGCCGCGGUGUUUUCCAUGGAAUUGAAAAUUUCAUCAAUGAAGCUUCUUACAUGAGCAUUUUAGGAAUGACACCAGGGUUUGGAGAUAAGACAUUUGUUGUCCAGGGAUUUGGUAAUGUGGGCCUGCACUCCAUGAGAUACUUACAUCGUUUUGGUGCUAAGUGUGUUGGUGUUGGUGAAUCUGAUGGGAGUAUAUGGAAUCCAGAUGGUAUUGACCCAAAGGAACUAGAAGACUUCAAAUUGCAACACGGAUCAAUUCUGGGCUUCCCCAAAGCAAAGGUCUAUGAAGGAAGCAUCUUAGAAGCUGACUGUGAUAUACUGAUUCCUGCUGCUAGUGAGAAACAGCUGACCAAAUCCAACGCACCCAGAGUGAAAGCCAAGAUCAUUGCUGAAGGUGCCAAUGGACCAACCACUCCAGAAGCUGACAAGAUUUUUCUGGAAAGAAACAUCAUGGUUAUUCCCGAUCUCUACUUAAAUGCUGGUGGAGUGACAGUGUCUUACUUUGAGUGGUUGAAGAAUCUAAAUCAUGUCAGCUAUGGCCGAUUGACUUUCAAAUAUGAAAGGGAUUCUAACUACCACUUACUCAUGUCUGUUCAAGAGAGUUUAGAAAGAAAAUUUGGCAAGCAUGGUGGAACUAUUCCUGUUGUGCCCACAGCAGAAUUCCAGGACAGGAUAUCGGGUGCAUCAGAGAAAGACAUUGUGCAUUCUGGCUUGGCCUACACAAUGGAGCGUUCUGCUAGGCAAAUCAUGCGCACAGCCAUGAAGUACAACCUGGGCUUGGACCUGAGAACUGCUGCCUAUGUCAAUGCCAUUGAGAAAGUCUUCAAGGUGUACAAUGAAGCUGGUGUGACCUUCACAUAGAAAGGUCACAGCUGACUUCCUCAGCACCCUCUUCACUUGUAACUUCUGCAGACCUAUCACAAGUUUACAUGUAACCACAGCAAUCUUCCUUGUGACUCAUUAGCUAACGGACGCUUCUCAACAAGUCAACCUGACUCAGCCUGUGAGGAAGAAAAGAAUAGUUAGAGGAUCAUGUACAAGCUGUUAAGUGUAAAAGUAGGAAACAUGCACAGCAGAGAGCCACUUAGGUAUCCUGCCUUUAAAUAACGUACCUUCUUCCUGGCUACACCGCCUUGCUCGGGCUUCUUCCCAACAGGGCCAGCACUGCUGCCGGGGAGGACAGUCGCAUGUGCUCAGUGACUUUUGCUCUGGACAGUUCUGGGACAUGUUAGGAUUUGACAUGUGUAAGAAGUAGGUGUGAAAGUAGCAGGAUCCUCAAGUGAGCUACUGGUAUUUUACAUCAAAUAACUCAGUUUUAUAAGUCGCAAAUAAAAGCAAGCUGUCUUUUACACACUUUAUUCUUCCAGAGUAAGAUAAGUACAUGCUGCUGUAAUAAAAUUGCCUUUAAUCACUUAACAAGCCUAACUUCAACUCAAGCAGUGAAUGCCUGUAAACAUAAUAAAUGAAAAAAGCUAGUAUUUUUAUAUCAUGUAAACUACCAUUUAUAGCUUAUCAGUCCAUGAAUUGUUGUCCUGCAAGAAUAAAAGGUCCUAUGAAGAACUCUUCAUACCUCAAAAUGAUGGAGACUUGGGGAAUUUGUUAACUACAAUUAUGACAUAACCCAAAGAGUAUAGUAAACCAUUUUUUAUCAUGUGACUUACUUGCUCUUCAUUUCUGAAGAUCUGUUGUAUUGAGUAAUUGAACCAUAAUUUGAGUAUCCCCAAAAAAACAAUACUUGGGCUCCCUGUUGAGAGUCUGGAGGGCUCUGAGUGCGGCCAGUGGCCCAGUCUCACCCUGGCUAUGUCCUGAUUUUUCAGAGGUUUUGCAUUCUGCCCUCAGCUGCCUGGGAUUGACUGUUUUGUUUGGGAAGCAAAUUGGCCAGGGCCUUUUGAACAGUAGUGUCCCAGUGAAGUACUCGAUAUUAUUUAUGUAAGAAUGAGCACUUUUUUUUAAAACCAAUAAUACCCUUUCAGAAAUUUCUAACUACUUUGUAACUGCAUGAUUAACCUGGUGAUAAAAGCAGUUAUUAAAAGUUUACCUUUUCCAAA